AUGGCAUUAAUGCAAGAGAACUGGCGCGAUAUUAUUGCGGACAGGCUGCGAGAGCGAAACAAAAAUGAAUCGGCCCGGUUUGCAGAUAUUAUACAUUAUAAUAAUCGUUUGUUCGAUACGGCGGCAAAGCUAAGACAGGAGAACCUGGAUUUGAAAAUAGACAAGAAAAUAAGGGACAGUGUAAAUGUGGGCGGGCCGGCUGGAGGUGGCGCAGGGUUUGGAGCGGAUGUUUCAGCAAUCACUAACGCUCAGAUUCAAUCACUGGAAAAGAAGGUACUCGCCCAACAGGAGGAAUUGACUGAACUGCAUAAGCGCAAGGGAGAACACUCGCAGAUGGUGAUAAAUCUAAACCAGAAGCUCGCCGAACUGCAGCACCUACUAUCCGAGAAAGAGCGAGCACUGGCAGAGCAAAUGACUCUGAGCAUCUCGUUAAAAGAGGAGCUGGAUGAGAUGAAAGCAUCACAUGUUACGAUUAAAGAUGAAUCGCUGGCUUCGCAGUUGCGUGCCAAUACGGCCGAGGAUAAGUUACGCGCCGUGCAGGAUGAGAACACGAAGCUGCUCAACCUGUUGAUGGAGUACAAGUCGCGCGAUGCAGAGAUCAUGAACAAAGAGAACGAUAAGUUUGUUAAGGAGAAAAAGGCGCGCAUCGAAAGCGAGCUCGAGCGGGCGAUCCGUGAUAUUCCGGGACCCUCAUCGCUUGGAGCCGACAUGGAUCGGUUCGACUUUGAUGGGUUGCCGGAAGGUGUUGAGUUUAAGUUCGAUGCACACGACGGUGAAGUAAACGCGGUUCGCUGGAGUCCUAUUGAGCGCAUAGUGGCCACCGGCGGCGCCGAUCGGAAAGUCAAGCUGUGGGACGUCGGGAAAGGGAUUUGUGAACAGCGCGGUGUUCUCGUAGGAAGCAACCAAGGUAUCAAUUCAGUUGAAUUUGAUACAACCGGCUCAAUGAUACUGGCUGCUUCCAAUGAUUCUGCUAGUCGCAUGUGGUCGGUGGUGGAUCAUCGAUUAAGGGUGAGUUUGAUUUUAGCAUUCCCAAAUGGCAAAAAACGAAAAACGACAAACGAAGCAUAA